GAUAGCCUCAAGUACAAUUCUUGAUAAGCGAAGCCUAUAUAACGGAGGUAUCCGUUGAACGGCCACCGUUAACAACACAUUGCGAUGAAUGCUUUCGUUCACAAAGAAAACUACAAUCGCGAGUUUAAUAUUUCGCUAAAAUGGGCUGAAGUUCGUCGUAGUGCAAGUUUUGGGAGGGUUUACGAGAACAGAGCCUUGAAGCUAGUUUGAAAUUUUAUAAAAUUAGUUGGAAAUUCUUUAGAAUUAGUUUGAAAUUCAUUUGAAACAUGUGGUUUGCUCCUAAUCUGCAGAGAUCUUACAAGUACCUAACGCUGGCCAAGAUGCCUUCACUGCGCAUCGACCAGAGCGAGCUGAAGUGUAAGAAUGGGUGUGACUACUACGGGAACCCGCAGUGGCAGGGCUACUGCUCUGAGUGUCAUCGGGAGCAGAAGGCUAAACACCGGAGAGCAGAGAAAGAAAAGGCCCAAGCGUCAACGCUGCCCCGCCCCGAGCACAGAACGCCCGAGCGGGAGCGGGGUCGCCUCGCCCCUCAUUCCUCCUUCUCCAAGUUCGAGGAGAAGCGGCUACGGCAGAGCGAGACGCUCAAGAAGGCUAAUCUGCUCAAGUUUAGCGUGUUCAAGAAGAGCAGCACAGACGACCAUGACGCAGCAGAAAAGCGUGUAGAGUUCAAAAUCCCAACAUCCGUGUUCGAAAACAUGAAGCGAGAUUUCCGCCAGCGAUUCCCCGAGUUAUACGCGCAGGCGCCGAACGUAGAGCGCGACGCACGCUCAAUGGUGGACAAGCUGGUGCAUGACGUCAUCAAGUGUUCCGGGUUCCUGUCCGUUGAUGAGCUGUCAGAGAGAGUGCAGCGACUUUACCAGCGCUACAUGAAACACAUGGAGGCCCACUACACGAACGUGGAUUCCGAGAUGAAGGAGGUGCUCAUGGACUUUGUGGAGAAGCACGCCAUGACAUACUUACACGAUCUGCCAUCGAUAGUAUUCUCACCCUACGGUACUGACGAUGAGCGCCUAGACAGAGCACUGUCAGAAAGGAUCCAACAAUUAAGUUGGGUUGGAGAGAAACAACUAGAAUGCCGCUUAGCGGAGCCGGCGAAAUGCCGUCAACUACUCUAUCGUGCUAUAAAUGAAUUGUUGGGCAUGGAUAGCGCACCAUCUCCAGGUGGCAAACUAGCCCGAGUCCGCCGCUGCUGCCGCCACGUGCUGGCCCUGUGCGGAGCCCCGGCCUCCGCUGACGACCUGCUGCCUGCUCUCAUAUUUACUGUUUUGAAGGCGAAUCCACCCCGUCUCGUGAGCAACAUCAACUUCGUGACCCGGUUCUGCAACGCGCAACGUCUCAUGACAGGGGAGGGGGGCUACUAUUUCACCAAUCUGUGCUGCGCGGUGUCGUUCAUCGAGAACCUGACAGCGGAGUCUCUCAACAUGGACAAGAAGGAGUUCGACGGCUACAUGGCCAUGCCGGCCUCCAUCGGGGGCAGCUCAUGGGCCGCGGCGCUCUCACUAUCGGCUGAACUUCGCGAGGCCGAAGAGCAUAUGGCACUGGCGAAGAAAUUACUCGCGCAGGCGCAAGAGAUCGAACGGGGCGCCGACGAACUUGCAGCCAACGCUGAAACCUUCGAGAAAGAGAUAGCGAAGAAAGUGCAAGAUGUCCUCACGAAGACACCCCUCGAGAUAAAACCACGUCGCACUCUCCCAAAAUUCGGGAACUUUAAAACUUUCAACUCUGAGCCACUUGUCGACUUGGAGAUACCAUCGCCACCACAAGAUAAUAUAUCUGAAGAAACAAAAAUAGAAGCUGAAGAUUUAAAACAGGAUACCAAAGAUGUCUUGGAUGGAACAUCAGAACCACCAAAACAGGAAAUCGUUCAACCUUUGAUACAGACAGAACAAGCAUCUAACUCAGAACCUGAACCGAGAGAGAAACUUAACAUAUUAGGCUUUGAAGAGCUGAACUCUCCUCCCAAAUCGCCGCAUUUAGAUCAGACCUGGGACUUAAAGCAGACAAGCUCUAUGGAACUCCUCACUCCUUCACCAUUGGGAUUCACACCAUUCGACUCAAGAUCUAUAGACGAGUUGAUGACUCCAGAUGAAUUCGGUUCCGAACACUUAGCCCCUGGCUUGAGCAAUAUCAACUAUGAUAUAGAUUUGUCUGACUUCAGCGGAGACAAUAGUAUCGCAGAAGAUGCUCCUAAAGAGAAAGAUCCUUUCAGCCCAGACAUGAAGAAAGACACAUUUGACCCAUUUGCAUCGAGAGAUCCAUUUAGCCCAGUACAAGAAAUGUUUGAUCAGUUCACUCUUUUGGACUCAAAGAAUAAACCGUCUGACCCAUUUGAAAUGAUUUCUAAAAAGGAUCCAUUUGCCCCUGUUCCUGCAAAAGAUCCAUUUAGUCCUGUGGUCAGUACAGUUACUAAGGAUCCGUUCAGUGCAGGUAAGGAUCCUUUCAGUGCGGGUAAGGAUCCUUUCAGUCCUGUAGUCAGUACUUCUGUGACUAAAGAUCCUUUUAGCCCCUUAGUCAGUGCUGCUAAGGAUCCAUUUAGCUCUGGUGUCAGUUCUCAAACUAAGGAUCCAUUUAGCCCUGAUGUCAGCUCUCAAUCUAAGCACCCUUUUAGCCCUGAAAAUAACGCUUCUAUUUUAGAUGACGGUGACUCUCCAACGGCAGCUUGCCUUUUGCCCUCGCCGAUGUUACCCCAAAGUAGUGGAAAGAAAUCAUAAAUAUGAUUUAAGGUUAUUUCUGGAAUCCUUUAAUCUAAUUGAUCAUAAUCAGAUACUACAAUGGCCAAUUGGACACAUGUUGUUGUAGCAGUUCUUGGCUACUUUAUUACCUACAUAAGAAUGGAAAUUAGAUAAUUGGUGGAUUUUAUAAAAUAUUUUGUUAUUAGUACAAAAUUACAAAUUACUUUUUGGUGCUCCAACAUAAGAUUCCCUUAUAAUGGUUAAUUUUAUUUUUGAAUCUUGCACACUGUGAUUGUUGUGUU